AUGCCGACCCUCCUGGCUUUGGGGUGGAACAAAAGGAAAGUGGAACAACUGGGCCGCAGUUUGAGCCAGAGAUAUCUCAAGAUCAUAAGGAUCCUUAGAGAACAAGUGGAGAGCCUGAAUGUGACCAAAAAUGAGCUGGGUGUGGAUGACGACACACUGCAGCAAUGGGUGGCCGAUGUGCAGAAAUGGGCUGAAGCUGCUGCAGACCUCCAGACAAAGAGAAAGGUCUUUGAGAAGGUGAUGGCUGUGAGGCGCCUGAGAGAGGAGGACAUGAUCCUUUGCAGGGAGAUGCGGCAUCACUGGACAGUGUUGCGAAUGCGAUCUGUGGUGUUGGGGACAGUCUCCUCAGACUCCUCCCUUGUUUGCAUGUCGGAGGAUGCACAGAAGGGACUCCAUAGCCUGGUUUUAAAAAAACAAAGUGAACUGAAAGCUGAAAUGCUCAAAGUAAAGGACACGUACAAGAGAAUCCUCAGCCACCAACCACUCCUGGAAAUGGACUCGGAGGAGGAGGAAGACGACAUUCCAGACGAUGCCACUGAGACUCGUCUAACUGUGAGUCCCAGCAGCUCUCAGUUCUUUAAAGGAGACUUUGUGUCUCUGAGCUGUGAGGAGGACGACAGCUCUGCUGGAUGGACUCUGAGGAGAAACACAAGCAAACAACAGAAGAGUCAGUGUGGAACAGAUGGAUUUGGAAAACCAGCUGGGUCUUCCUGUAAGAUCACACUUUUCCCGUCAGACAGUGGAGUUUACUGGUGUGAGUCCAGAGAGGGUCCCAUCAGUAACAUGGUUAACCUGACAGUCACUGGUGGAUCAGUGAUCCUGCAGAGUCCUGUCCUCCCUGUGAUGGAGGGAGAUGACGUCACUCUGCUCUGUAAAACAAAGACCACUCCCUCCAACCUCCCAGCUGCUUUCUAUAAAGAUGGCUCCCUCAUCAGGAAGCAGCCUACAGGUCACAUGACCAUCCAGCAUGUUUCCAGGUCUGAUGAAGGCCUCUACAAGUGUGACAUCAGCGGUCAUGGAGAGUCUCCAUCCAGCUGGAUCACUGUCACAGGUAGACCUCCAACCACAACCUCGCCCACCACUUCUACAAAUAUGCCCCCUACCUCUGCUUUGUCCCCUUACUCCACCACCCUCCAUCUUGUGAUCAGAGUAGUCUGUCACCUGGUGGUGUUCUGUCCAUACUUCAUCUCCACUUUCAUCGUGGUGUCGUUAUAUCGAGGCAGAGCCAAAGAAAAUGACCCCACUAUCCCCAUGGCAACAGCAACCAAUGCUGAGCAGAGACUGUGUGAGGACUAUGAUGAUAUUGGGUUGGUGACCACUGAGCAUCAGUUCUAA